ACUUUUAAACAUAUAAGGUGCAGGAUAGAAGAAUACAAUUUUGUCCAGAAUAGAAAAAAGCAAUUUUGUGGAUGCUAUUUGUGCAACGAUUUUCCACAACGACUUGCAAAGUCUUCCAUAGGCAAUUAGCUCCCGUCCAUCUAUACAACUAUUACAUCAUGUCCUUUGUUCAUCAUAGCAACUCAUAUUUCGUCUCAUUUUUCUUAAAAGUUGAGGUUGAAUCAUGGGAAAUCAGUGGGUUUGGGGGCUAAUUCAUCUCGUUUUCUUAAGCAUGUGUUUGGGUGCAACCAAACAUACUCGUCUGGUUGCUCAAAAUUCGACAAGAAGCUGCCAUGAAGGAGAGAGAUUAGCACUACUUGAGUUCAAACACAGCGUCAAAGAUGACUUCGAAGUGCUCUCAUCAUGGGUUGGCAGUGAUUGUUGCUCAUGGAAAGGAGUCCGAUGUGACGGCGCCACCGGAAGAGUUGCUGGUCUUCAUCUCAGAGGAAUUGAUUAUGCCGGGUCUGUGUACUAUAAAGACGUUUACUACUUAGAGGGUGAUAAGGUAAACUCAUAUUUGGCUGAGUUAAGACAUCUGCAACAUCUGGAUUUGAGCGGAAAUAGAUUCAUAGGAAGUCGGAUUCCUAAAUUCAUUGGAUCCUUCAAGCAGCUAAGAUACCUCAAUCUCUCAAAUGCAGGUUUUAGUGGUAUUAUUCCCCAUCACAUUGGAAAUCUCACCAAUUUGAAGGUUCUUGAUCUUGGUUCAUUUGAAUUUUCAUUAUAUUAUAGUUCAAAUGAUGAGCCUUGGCUAAUCACCUCAAAUGAUAUGGCAUGGGUUUCUGGCCUUUCCUCACUUGAGCAUCUUGACUUGAGCUACGUAAAUCUUUCUCAAGCAAACAAUGUUGAUAUGGUAUUUUACAUGAUUCCUUCAUUAACAUAUUUAAGUUUGAGUGCCUGUGAACUUACUUAUGCUGAUCUUGGACUUCAUCUUAAUUCAAGUAAAAUACUUCCCAACAUUGAACAUCUUGAUCUUAGCUUCAACAGUUUUAAAGGUCAACUUCCACACAUUUUUCAAAACAUGACAUCCUUAACGUUCCUUGAUCUUUCAAGAUAUAAUCUUAGUCUGGCAUGGAACUCUGUAAACAUGCUAAACGUGAUCCCUUCUUUAUCAGAAUUGCAUUUGUCAAGGUGUGGUAUUCACAACGCCCCCUUUUCACCCACUUAUUUGAAUUCCAGUGCCCAUUCUAACAUACGAUAUCUUGAUCUUAGCCAUAAUUCAAUUGGUGGUAGAUUUCCAUCUGAAUUAGUGAACAUCACUUCUCUAAAAGUCCUUGACCUUUCAUCAAACAGUUUGAACUCAUCAAUUCCUGUCAUGCCUAACCUUCUAACGCUUGAUGUUUCUGGAAAUAAGUUUGAGCACAUCGAGCUUGUUGGGAUUUGGAGACAAUGUCAUCUGAAGGAAUUGAGCUUAUCCUUUAAUCCCUUUGGAGGAGAAAUGAUAGGCCCAUCAUCAAACACGUCUGAAUGUUCCCACUAUGCUUUAGAGGUGUUGGAAUCAAUCGGAGAUGGAUUCAACGGUUCGAUUCCAGAAUCUGUUGGAAAACUAAACAAUUUAAGAGUCUUAAGUCUCUACUUUAACAGUUUUACAGGUUCAAUCCCUAAAGCUUUGGAGAGAUUAAGCUUUUUAGAAGUAUUAGAUCUGUCUUUUAACAAAUUAACCGGUCCCGUUCCGACAUUCCUUGGAAACCUUACCAAACUUUACCUUAAUUUUAAUCAAUUUAGCGGUUCUAUCCCGGAAUCAUUGGGAAGAUUAGCAGGCUUAACUUAUUUAAGUCUGCAAUCAAACCUGUUAACAGGUCCAAUCCCAGUUUCACUUUGGCAACUCACCAAACUCAUUGAAUUAGAUGUCUCUGAAAAUUCUUUAGAAGGAGAGGUUUUGGAAGCCCAUCUUGCUAACCUCUCAAUGUUGAAGAGCUUGGAUGUAUCUUCUAAUCAUAAGUUGAUUAUUAAUAUCUCACAUGAGUGGAUACCUCCAUUCCAACUAAAGAUUGUUCGACUUGGUCCUUGCAAGACUGUGAACGGAUUUCCACAAUGGUUGCGAAAUCAAAGGAACCUUGAGCAGUUAGUAUUGUCUAAUGCUAGCCUAUAUGGACUUCUACCACCAUGGUUGCGGAAUAUGCCCUUGCUUUCUGUAUUAGAUCUCUCUCACAACAAACUCAUUGGAUCUUUGAUAAACCUUCCACUUAGCGAAUAUAGCAGGUAUUUACUACUACAAGACAACCUUUUCAAUGGGUCAAUUCCAAGAUCAGUAUGUAGAAGAAGAAGGCUGGAAAUUCUCGAUGUUUCCGGCAAUCAGUUAUCUGGAAAUAUUCCUGAUUGUGUAGAAAGCCUACAAAAUAUGGCAAUGCUUAUACUUAGUUCAAAUGGGCUGUCUGGAGUCCUUCCAAGUUCUUUAGGAAAUAUCUAUUCAUCGUUAAAAUGGUUGAAACUGAAUGAGAAUAACUUCAAUGGCCAGCUUCCACAAGAUUUGGGAAAGUUGAGAUACUUAGAAGUUAUGGAUUUGGGCAAUAACGAAUUCUCCGGAAUCAUACCAAAAUGGAUUGGAAAAAAACUUUCAGCAUUGAAGAUUCUCAGGUUGCAUAAAAACAACUUCACAGGAGGUAUUCCUCAUUCUUUGUGUCAAUGUUCAUAUCUUCAUAUUUUAGAUAUCGCGCACAACAACCUAAUAGGAUCCAUCCCUCAUUGUUUUGGAGAGAUGAGCGGGAUGAUUGAGGCAAGAGAUGAAGAUUAUGGACAAUACUAUGAGAGCAUUGAUGUGAUAGAUGUGAUUCAGGUCAUGAAAGGAAUCGAGCUUGAAUAUACAAAAACAAUGUGUUUAGUUGUUAACAUGGACCUUUCAAGCAAUAAACUUACAGGAGAAAUCCCUCCAGAGUUAACUGCACUCGCUAUCUUGAUGGGUCUCAAUUUGUCUCACAAUCAUCUGAGUGGGAGUAUUCCAGAUAGAUAGCAUUGGAAACAUGAAGGCGUUAACUUCUCUCGAUUUCUCAAACAACCAAUUAAACGGGACAAUCCCUCCGAGCAUGGCAGCUUUGAACUUUUUGAGCUCAAUGAAUCUGUCACACAACAAACUGUCAGGAAGAAUUCCAACCGGAAAUCAAUUGCAAACACUUACCGACCCAUCAAUAUAUGCUGGUAACAGGGAUCUCUGUGAUGCACCUCUGCCAAAUAAUUGUUCCAAUCCUGAAAACCCACCGGCCACAACAAGCAAGAACAAAUACAAAAAGGCUAAUGAGCUAAGGAAGGUAUGGUUUUACUUGGACAUAACAUGUGGAUUUGCAACAGGUUUUUGGGGUAUUAUUGGAGUCUUGGCAUUCAAGAAGCAAUGGAGAAGGAAGCUUUUUAUGAUUGCAGAGGUAACCAUGGAUAAGGCAUAUGUGGCAGUCGCAGUGAGGAUUUCCAAGAUUAAAAGGGGCACUGAAGCCUAAUAGAUUCUUAUAGUUGACAAUAUUUGUAACAUUGUUGUUUUGAUUUAAAAUACUCUGUUGUGUAAUAUAAUUAUACCAUGGGUAUGUUUAAUACAAAUAAAAAUAUUACAAUACACGAGAUAGAAUACAGGUGACAGAUUACAGAAGAAGUGGACUGAAGAUUAGACAUGCCAAUGGGUAGAAAAUCAUGUGAUGGCAGCAGGUUCGCUCUAUGUUCAAAUGGCAUUCUCUAUUUGAGUCCA